AUGCCUCAUCAUUAUAGAGCACCGGAGGCCAUUCUUAACAUGGAAUGGAAUGACAAGGUUGAUAUUUGGAACAUUGCAGUACUCCUCUGGGACCUCGUGUCACCUGGCCAUCUUUUCGGGAAAUGGAAAAACCUUACUCCCAUCCCAGACAUAACACUCGAAAGCCUUGCCAUAGAUGUACAAGGUGAGGACAAGGAGGGCUUCUUAAGCUUCUUGCGUAAAAUUCUGCGUUGGGUACCUGAGGAACGGCCGACAGCCGGAGAGCUUGUUGAGUCGUCAUCUACCGAAGGGCAAAAACAAUGGAAGUAUCAUAAGACAUUUAUUCAAUGCAAAGAUGAGACGGGAACAAGUUGA